CAUCCUCUUUGCAGACAUAGAGGGUUUCACAAGUCUGGCCUCCCAGUGCACUGCUCAGGAGCUGGUCAUGACGCUGAACGAGCUCUUUGCCAGAUUUGAUAAGCUGGCAGCUGAGAACCACUGUUUACGUAUCAAGAUCCUGGGUGAUUGCUAUUACUGUGUGUCUGGGUUGCCAGAAGCAAGAGCUGACCAUGCACACUGCUGCGUUGAAAUGGGAAUGGAUAUGAUAGAGGCCAUCUCACUAGUCCGGGAGGUGACAGGAGUAAAUGUCAACAUGAGGGUUGGAAUCCACAGCGGGAGAGUUCACUGCGGGGUCUUGGGCCUUAGGAAGUGGCAGUUUGAUGUGUGGUCCAAUGACGUUACGUUAGCCAACCACAUGGAAGCAGGGGGCAAAGCUGGGCGCAUCCACAUAACAAAAGCAACCCUGAACUAUCUCAAUGGAGACUAUGAGGUGGAGCUGGGCUUUGGAGGGGAACGCAACGCAUAUCUGAAAGAGCACAGUAUUGAGACCUUCUUGAUUGUACGGUGCAGCCAGAAACGG